AGAGAGCGAGCGACGAGUGAGAGAGCAAGGGCGCGCGCGCGCGCGCGGUGUCACCUUGGGCGAGUGGGGACGCGCGCGCACCAAUCCCGGGUGCAGCCGGGCUUUAGUGGAGAUGGCGGCGGCGGCUAGUCCUGGAGGCGGCGGGGUGGCUUUAAAGCCCCGCACGUCCCCCAAGUCGGUCAAGUUCUUGUUCGGGGGCCUGGCUGGGAUGGGGGCCACAGUUUUUGUGCAGCCUCUAGAUUUGGUGAAGAACCGAAUGCAGCUGAGUGGGGAAGGGGCCAAGACCCGGGAAUACAAGACUAGCUUCCAUGCCCUCACCAGUAUCCUGAGAACUGAAGGGCUUCGAGGCAUCUACACAGGGCUUUCCGCUGGGCUCUUACGCCAGGCAACAUAUACAACAACUCGCCUUGGCAUUUACACUGUUCUUUUUGAGCGCCUGACUGGGGCAGAUGGGACACCCCCUAGCUUCUUGCUGAAGGCCCUGAUUGGCAUGACAGCAGGUGCCACAGGAGCCUUCGUGGGAACACCUGCUGAGGUUGCCCUGAUUCGUAUGACAGCUGAUGGUCGGAUGCCACCAGAUCAGCGUAGAGGCUAUAAGAAUGUUUUUGAUGCACUCUUGAGGAUUGCCCGGGAAGAGGGCAUCCCCACCCUUUGGAGGGGCUGUAUCCCCACAAUGGCUAGGGCAGUUGUUGUCAAUGCUGCCCAGCUUGCUUCCUAUUCACAGUCUAAACAGUUUCUCUUAGACUCAGGUCACUUUUCUGACAAUAUCUUCUGUCAUUUCUGCGCCAGCAUGAUUAGUGGACUGGUCACCACAGCAGCUUCUAUGCCUGUGGACAUUGUUAAAACCAGGAUCCAGAAUAUGAGGAUGAUUGAUGGGAAGCCAGAGUAUAAGAAUGGACUGGAUGUGCUGGUGAAGGUUGUUCGAUAUGAAGGAUUCUUCAGCCUUUGGAAAGGAUUCACCCCUUACUAUGCCCGGCUUGGCCCUCACACUGUCCUCACCUUUAUUUUCCUGGAGCAAAUGAACAAGGCCUAUAAGAAGCUCUUUCUUAGUGGUUGAAGAACCCCAAAGGUGCCUGAGGACCAGGAGGAUAGGGCUUCCAGGAAUGGAGAUGUGUCGGGUCUACCACCCCACACUCCACACCCCCAUGAGCUGUGCCUCUAUCCUCCCAGCCUUUACCAUAUACUCAUCUUCAAAAGGGGGUACCUGGAUUCUGCCCCCUGGUCCCCCCUUCUAUUUAUUUUCCCCAAUUCCUUCACUCGUUCCUUCUACCCCCACUAUGUGGUCUCUCCUGAUAUAAAGGACUUUGGUCUA